AACAAUGUAGCCCACAAGGCAGCAUUCACAGAAUGCCAUCCUCCUGCAUGACGCCACGGCAUGUGAUUGGUGGGAGGAGGCAGCCUCAGGUACCGAGAAACCUAAACGAAAAGGAGGACAGAGGCGCAUGCAUGCAGACAUGCGCAUGCACAGAAACACACACACCUUAACGUUAUGCACACCUAAACUAGUUUGACGGGCAGGUGUAAGAGCAAACAGUCUUGUGUCAGUCGUUGCCUGGCGUUGGAUGCGAUGCCUUCCAGUAUGAAGAUCCUUCUGGGCUCCGGCCUGAUCACCCUGCUGCUUCCGUCAGUGGUCUGUAUAAGUUGCUUCGUGUGCAGCUCAGCUCGGACCAAUGAGGAAUGCAACCGGUCUAACCUGACUUGUCCGGCACUGCAGGACAGCUGUUUGACCAUCGUAGACAUUGCUGGCCCCACCAGGGUCAUCUCCAAAUCGUGUGCCACCAUCGCCACCUGCACGGGAACCUUAUCGACCGCGGGGCUGGUGAACGGAAUCGGCAGCGAGGUGAACUGCUGCGACACCAUCAACUUCUGUAACGUGAACGGGGCCGCGGCCACCGCCGUGCACAAGGCCCUGCCGGCGCUGUCCCUACUGGCGCUACUGGGACUGGUGGUGCAGUAAGACUCCCACAGGACAUGUUCUGAGGUGACGCAACAGGUCCCCAAUCACAAAGUAUUUUUAUGUGUCACCCCACCGCGUUGAAAUGUAAACUUUAUCGGGGGGCUGCUUUGAUUCAUCAGGAGUAAACUUGUUGACUUGCCGGUUUGUUUUAUGUCAUAUUUUGAGGAAGCAAAGAGCGAGAAGUGUUGAUGUCUCAAGGUUUUUGAAGCGAGGGCCUCAGUUCUGGUGUGACCGGAAGAAAACGUUGGCCUACAGGACAUGGAGCAGAGAGAGGUUAAAUUAAUGACACCAUUAAAUGGAGGUCCCAUUGAUCACUACCUGCUGUUUCAUCACAGGCCUGAUGAGUUAUUGCAGUACACACAAUGAUAAGCAAAGGGGGUUAAUUAUUUAAAAUAAAUGUUAACCUAUUUACAUUAACUAUACACUUUAUUUUCUUCAUGUGCUUUCAUUGAAAUUGUUGUGUACUUGGAAAAAUAAAUGUGUGUUGUGAAACAUAAGCAGUAUUCCCUAAUAUGUUAAUGGGCCCAGUAUCCUAAUAUGUUGUAUUAAUAAAGAUAACCUACUUUCACAUAACAGAUAAUACGCGCAAGUGGUUACUGUUAAAAAACAACAUUGAUCAUCAUGCAUAAGAUCAUUAUGUAAUUAUAAUAGCCUUUUUGAGUUACAAUUCAAGCAGAAGUACUUUGGGGAAGAUAUGCAGUACCAUAUCCAUGCUAGAGGGGGCGCAUUCAUGUACACUUCCACCAGCGGCCACUGGCGGGCUUAUGAAAAGUAACCUCCUUCAGGUAAAAAUUGUCACAAAAUAUAAAACCAUAUUUAAAGAUAUGUUCAUAUUGUAUGACGUGAAAAUAUGACGUUUUAUAAUUUUAGGUUUAUCAUGUAGUAGCAACACUAACUGUGGCCCUCGGAGCUGUUAGGAGACAUAUCAGUGUACUAUAAAGCUGUAUAAACCGCCGGUCAUAUUUCCUUGCCAUAACAAUACAUUGAAUUAUAAUUUCACUUGAAAACUCUGCUCAGAAAUCUUAAGAUCUUAAUCAGCGUCUUAUAAAAUAUAUGAAGACACAGACAAAGGAGACCUGCAUGCUUAUGAUAUUUGACAAAUAAAAGCUUCAAAUAGAUGGCAAUUCAUUAUUUUAUUAUCUUAACCCCGCUCCGCCCACAGUGUUUAGCCUACUUGUGGAAGGCGGGGCUGGGUUCAAGGGUGUCACGGGAGCCUGGAAAUGCACGUAGAGGAGGCCGCAGAGGAAAAGAAACGCACAAAAAACUAAAUAAAGACGGA